AUGGACGACAAUGUUCAGGAGUGGGCGCGCCACGCCGGGACGCAGCUCCGCAAUAACCGCCUCGCUCUGGCGGCCCUUCCUAACUCUUUGACAUCACUGCGCCUUUCAAAGCUCUUUGUUGGAACGGUCACCUGGGCUAGAUGCACCGAUGCUGCGGACAUGAAAAGGCAAUCUGCGACCCUUCCAGCAGGUAGCCCUGCCGAUUCGAAAGCCCAGGAUGGUGAUUUCGAGUCCGACGACGAUGACGUGAUCUAUCUUGAGACCCGACCGCGAGCGCUUGAACGACAUCUUCCAGACGCACCUUGCUUGCAAAGUUCUCCAGCUUCUGGAACCAUCUCGAGCCCAGACAUUUCUUCUCAACGACGGAAUUCUACGAAACGAGGAGGUCGUACUCCCGGAAU